AUGGAGUAUCCAUCUAUCAAGAAUGCAGGAUGGCAGUGCUCAUGGUGCCGAGUCACCAACAAGAGAUCUGCUUUCUUUUGCCAGAAGUGUGGGGAUCGUUGGGAGAAUCAUGUCAUGGAGUCUGCAGGGACAGAAGCCUACUCCAACAUGGGUCACCAUCGAGACCAAUACCUUUCAUACGACAAUUCGCAGUGGCCAUCCUCUCCAAGAGUUGGUGCCAAAGGCAAGGGCAAGGGCAAAUCCCAAAGCCCGCGCCCGAAGCAGCGCAGACCACACAGACACAAAGGAUCCAAUACCAAUACUCAUGUGCAGCAGCAACAAGCGACUGGAGCACCUUUUGUGCAAGGACCCAGUCCUUUUGCAAUCAAGAAUGCUGGAGAAAUGAGCUGGACAACAGCUGCUGCUCAAGCUUUUCAAUCAGAUGCUGGUACAGUUCCCGUGGGCUCCAUAAGCUCCACAUCCAGCAAAGCAGAAGCCGAUCUCCAGCUUCUUCUCAGUGCAUUGAAGAAGAAUCGAGAGGACGCUCAUCAUGCUCGUGGCCAGUUGCAUGCGUCUUGGCGCAGUUUUCUUGCUUUGAGUGUUCAGCAAUGGCAAGCAUUCACACAGCAAUUCCAGAACGAAGAGAAAACGGCCUUGGAACGUAUCAAGACGGCCAAAGAGGCCUUGAUUUCUGCCAAAGCGACCUUGGAGACUUCGAAAGAAUCUAUCGCAACAGGUGCCGAAGCCAGUGGUGCACCCGAGGUUCAAGAUUUAGUCUCGGAGGACGAUGCAAUGAAGGAGGAAAAUGCGGCUUCACGCAUUGGAGAUGGCUUAGCUCAUCUCACAGCCUCGCUGCAGGCACUCAGCGAGACUGCCGACAAGAUCCAUGUCGAAGAACAGGUGGCCAAAAAGCCACGCAUCGACUCAGCUUUGCCAGGUGCUGCUGCGCUGCAGCCUUUUGCGCAGCCCGGUGCGAAACGACCGUAG